GAAGGUCUGAUAAGAAUGUCCAAUGUGGUCAUUGAAAAAGAUGAAGUGACAGAAAAUUGGAAGCCAAACUCAGUUAAUAAAUAUGGAGAUCUUGAAAAACUGAAGAAAGAAAAGACAGAGAAUAAGAAAAAUAUCCAUGACAAUAUGACCAAAGAAAAAUUGGACUUGGAGCUGAUGAAGUCUGAAUUAAAGAAUCAAAUGAAAUUAUUAGAACGGGAUGGACGAGAAAUUAAAGAAAGAAAAGACAACCUUCAAAUCACAACAACUCAGCUAAAAUGGGAGAAAGAACAUAUUAGCAGCUUCGUUGAUGAGAUCAACAGAGAAAAAGGGCAUACUAAAGAGCUGGCCCAUCAGGUUAAGAAACAAAGAGACAAAGUUCAGAAUGUGAUGAACAUGAUUGCCUUGAAACAGAAACAACAACAUCUCAAAGAUGCAGACAUAAAGAAACAAGCACAAGAACUGGAAACCAGUAAUAACAGUGUACUGGCUGAAAGAGCGGAACUGGAACUUUGGAGGAAGGAUCUCCAUAACAAGAAAGACGAGGUUGAAGCUGCCAUGAAUGCCAUCAGUGGAGAGAAAGAACAACUCAGUCAGAUGAAGAGUAGUAUUGACAUGGACAGACACAGGUUGGACACUGAAAAAGACAAAAUGGAAGAAAAAAGGUCCGAACUGAAAAUAAGAGAAGAUCAACUCGUGAAUGAAAUGAAAUCAAUUGAAACUCUGAGAGAAACACUUCAAGAGCUGACUAAAAGGAUGAUUGAAGACAUGAAAAAGAAGAUGGACAGAUUACAACAAAACAAUGAAGAUGUAGUAAUGCUGUGCUCUGUAUUGGAACAAAAGCUUAGAGCUCCAUAUAUACAGAAAGAAAACAUGGCUUGUUACACUGAGCUGAUAGAGAGAGAAAAGGAAAGUCUGAUAAGUAUACUAUCAGACAUGGACAUCCAGAGAAAAGACAUGGAAAACCAAAGGAAGCAGAAGUUUGAUUUGGACAAACAAGAUGUUAACACACUGAAGGCAGAGCUGAAGCAAGAUAGAGAUGAUCUGGAUAGAGAGAUUGAGAUGAUGAUUACAGAGAAACGGGACUUGGAGUUGAUGAGGUCUGACAUCCUGAAACAAAGAGACAUAUUAGAACAAGAGAUACAAGAUAUGAAAGGGGCAAGCUUCAAACUGGAAAUCACAAAGACUGAGUUACAAAAGAAGAAAGAACUUGCAGAUAGUCAGCUUGAUGAGAUAAACAGAGAGAAAGGAAACAUUAAAGAUGUGACCCUUCAACUUCAGACAGAAAGAGACAAACUUCAGAACGACAGGAACAUGAUUACCUUCAAACAAAAAGAACAAGAACUCAAAGAAGAUGAGUUCAAAAGACAAGCACAAGAACUGGAAACCAGUAAUAACAGUGUACUGGCUGAAAUAGCGGAACUGGAACUUUGGAGGAAGGAUCUCCAUAACAAGAAAGACGAGGUUGAAGCUGCCAUGAAUGCCAUCAGUGGAGAGAAAGAACAACUCAGUCAGAUGAAGAGUAGUAUUGACAUGGACAGACACAGGUUGGACACUGAAAAAGACAAAAUGGAAGAAAAAAGGUCCGAACUGAAAAUAAGAGAAGAUCAACUCGUGAAUGAAAUGAAAUCAAUUGAAACUCUGAGAGAAACACUUCAAGAGCUGACUAAAAGGAUGAUUGAAGACAUGAAAAAGAAGAUGGACAGAUUACAACAAAACAAUGAAGAUGUAGUAAUGCUGUGCUCUGUAUUGGAACAAAAGCUUAGAGCUUCAUAUAUACAGAAAGAAAACAUGGCUUGUUACACUGAGCUGAUAGAGAGAGAAAAGGAAAGUCUGAUAAGUAUACUAUCAGACAUGGACAUCCAGAGAAAAGACAUGGAAAAUCAAUGGAAGCAGAAGUUUGAUUUGGACAAACAAGAUGUUAACACACUGAAGGCAGAGCUGAAGCAAGAUAGAGAUGAUCUGGAUAGAGAGAUUGAGAUGAUGAUUACAGAGAAACGGGACUUGGAGUUGAUGAGGUCUGACAUCCUGAAACAAAGAGACAUAUUAGAACAAGAGAUACAAGAUAUGAAAGGGGCAAGCUUCAAACUGGAAAUCACAAAGACUGAGUUACAAAAGAAGAAAGAACUUGCAGAUAGUCAGCUUGAUGAGAUAAACAGAGAGAAAGGAAACAUUAAAGAUGUGACCCUUCAACUUCAGACAGAAAGAGACAAACUUCAGAACGACAGGAACAUGAUUACCUUCAAACAAAAAGAACAAGAACUCAAAGAAGAUGAGUUCAAAAGACAAGCACAAGAACUGGAAACCAGUAAUAACAGUGUACUGGCUGAAAUAGCGGAACUGGAACUUUGGAGGAAGGAUCUCCAUAACAAGAAAGACGAGGUUGAAGCUGCCAUGAAUGCCAUCAGUGGAGAGAAAGAACAACUCAGUCAGAUGAAGAGUAGUAUUGACAUGGACAGACACAGGUUGGACACUGAAAAAGACAAAAUGGAAGAAAAAAGGUCCGAACUGAAAAUAAGAGAAGAUCAACUCGUGAAUGAAAUGAAAUCAAUUGAAACUCUGAGAGAAACACUUCAAGAGCUGACUAAAAGGAUGAUUGAAGACAUGAAAAAGAAGAUGGACAGAUUACAACAAAACAAUGAAGAUGUAGUAAUGCUGUGCUCUGUAUUGGAACAAAAGCUUAGAGCUUCAUAUAUACAGAAAGAAAACAUGGCUUGUUACACUGAGCUGAUAGAGAGAGAAAAGGAAAGUCUGAUAAGUAUACUAUCAGACAUGGACAUCCAGAGAAAAGACAUGGAAAAUCAAUGGAAGCAGAAGUUUGAUUUGGACAAACAAGAUGUUAACACACUGAAGGCAGAGCUGAAGCAAGAUAGAGAUGAUCUGGAUAGAGAGAUUGAGAUGAUGAUUACAGAGAAACGGGACUUGGAGUUGAUGAGGUCUGACAUCCUGAAACAAAGAGACAUAUUAGAACAAGAGAUACAAGAUAUGAAAGGGGCAAGCUUCAAACUGGAAAUCACAAAGACUGAGUUACAAAAGAAGAAAGAACUUGCAGAUAGUCAGCUUGAUGAGAUAAACAGAGAGAAAGGAAACAUUAAAGAUGUGACCCUUCAACUUCAGACAGAAAGAGACAAACUUCAGAACGACAGGAACAUGAUUACCUUCAAACAAAAAGAACAAGAACUCAAAGAAGAUGAGUUCAAAAGACAAGCACAAGAACUGGAAACCAGUAAUAACAGUGUACUGGCUGAAAUAGCGGAACUGGAACUUUGGAGGAAGGAUCUCCAUAACAAGAAAGACGAGGUUGAAGCUGCCAUGAAUGCCAUCAGUGGAGAGAAAGAACAACUCAGUCAGAUGAAGAGUAGUAUUGACAUGGACAGACACAGGUUGGACACUGAAAAAGACAAAAUGGAAGAAAAAAGGUCCGAACUGAAAAUAAGAGAAGAUCAACUCGUGAAUGAAAUGAAAUCAAUUGAAACUCUGAGAGAAACACUUCAAGAGCUGACUAAAAGGAUGAUUGAAGACAUGAAAAAGAAGAUGGACAGAUUACAACAAAACAAUGAAGAUGUAGUAAUGCUGUGCUCUGUAUUGGAACAAAAGCUUAGAGCUCCAUAUAUACAGAAAGAAAACAUGGCUUGUUACACUGAGCUGAUAGAGAGAGAAAAGGAAAGUCUGAUAAGUAUACUAUCAGACAUGGACAUCCAGAGAAAAGACAUGGAAAACCAAAGGAAGCAGAAGUUUGAUUUGGACAAACAAGAUGUUAACACACUGAAGGCAGAGCUGAAGCAAGAUAGAGAUGAUCUGGAUAGAGAGAUUGAGAUGAUGAUUACAGAGAAACGGGACUUGGAGUUGAUGAGGUCUGACAUCCUGAAACAAAGAGACAUAUUAGAACAAGAGAUACAAGAUAUGAAACGUGAAAGCUUCAAACUGGAAAUCACAAAGACUGAGUUACAAAAGAAGAAAGAACUUGCAGAUAGUCAGCUUGAUGAGAUAAACAGAGAGAAAGGAAACAUUAAAGAUGUGACCCUUCAACUUCAGACAGAAAGAGACAAACUUCAGAACGACAGGAACAUGAUUACCUUCAAACAAAAAGAACAAGAACUCAAAGAAGAUGAGUUCAAAAGACAAGCACAAGAACUGGAAACCAGUAAUAACAGUGUACUGGCUGAAAUAGCGGAACUGGAACUUUGGAGGAAGGAUCUCCAUAACAAGAAAGACGAGGUUGAAGCUGCCAUGAAUGCCAUCAGUGGAGAGAAAGAACAACUCAGUCAGAUGAAGAGUAGUAUUGACAUGGACAGACACAGGUUGGACACUGAAAAAGACAAAAUGGAAGAAAAAAGGUCCGAACUGAAAAUAAGAGAAGAUCAACUCGUGAAUGAAAUGAAAUCAAUUGAAACUCUGAGAGAAACACUUCAAGAGCUGACUAAAAGGAUGAUUGAAGACAUGAAAAAGAAGAUGGACAGAUUACAACAAAACAAUGAAGAUGUAGUAAUGCUGUGCUCUGUAUUGGAACAAAAGCUUAGAGCUCCAUAUAUACAGAAAGAAAACAUGGCUUGUUACACUGAGCUGAUAGAGAGAGAAAAGGAAAGUCUGAUAAGUAUACUAUCAGACAUGGACAUCCAGAGAAAAGACAUGGAAAAUCAAUGGAAGCAGAAGUUUGAUUUGGACAAACAAGAUGUUAACACACUGAAGGCAGAGCUGAAGCAAGAUAGAGAUGAUCUGGAUAGAGAGAUUGAGAUGAUGAUUACAGAGAAACGGGACUUGGAGUUGAUGAGGUCUGACAUCCUGAAACAAAGAGACAUAUUAGAACAAGAGAUACAAGAUAUGAAAGGGGCAAGCUUCAAACUGGAAAUCACAAAGACUGAGUUACAAAAGAAGAAAGAACUUGCAGAUAGUCAGCUUGAUGAGAUAAACAGAGAGAAAGGAAACAUUAAAGAUGUGACCCUUCAACUUCAGACAGAAAGAGACAAACUUCAGAACGACAGGAACAUGAUUACCUUCAAACAAAAAGAACAAGAACUCAAAGAAGAUGAGUUCAAAAGACAAGCACAAGAACUGGAAACCAGUAAUAACAGUGUACUGGCUGAAAGAGCGGAACUGGAACUUUGGAGGAAGGAUCUCCAUAACAAGAAAGACGAGGUUGAAGCUGCCAUGAAUGCCAUCAGUGGAGAGAAAGAACAACUCAGUCAGAUGAAGAGUAGUAUUGACAUGGACAGACACAGGUUGGACACUGAAAAAGACAAAAUGGAAGAAAAAAGGUCCGAACUGAAAAUAAGAGAAGAUCAACUCGUGAAUGAAAUGAAAUCAAUUGAAACUCUGAGAGAAACACUUCAAGAGCUGACUAAAAGGAUGAUUGAAGACAUGAAAAAGAAGAUGGACAGAUUACAACAAAACAAUGAAGAUGUAGUAAUGCUGUGCUCUGUAUUGGAACAAAAGCUUAGAGCUCCAUAUAUACAGAAAGAAAACAUGGCUUGUUACACUGAGCUGAUAGAGAGAGAAAAGGAAAGUCUGAUAAGUAUACUAUCAGACAUGGACAUCCAGAGAAAAGACAUGGAAAACCAAAGGAAGCAGAAGUUUGAUUUGGACAAACAAGAUGUUAACACACUGAAGGCAGAGCUGAAGCAAGAUAGAGAUGAUCUGGAUAGAGAGAUUGAGAUGAUGAUUACAGAGAAACGGGACUUGGAGUUGAUGAGGUCUGACAUCCUGAAACAAAGAGACAUAUUAGAACAAGAGAUACAAGAUAUGAAACGUGAAAGCUUCAAACUGGAAAUCACAAAGACUGAGUUACAAAAGAAGAAAGAACUUGCAGAUAGUCAGCUUGAUGAGAUAAACAGAGAGAAAGGAAACAUUAAAGAUGUGACCCUUCAACUUCAGACAGAAAGAGACAAACUUCAGAACGACAGGAACAUGAUUACCUUCAAACAAAAAGAACAAGAACUCAAAGAAGAUGAGUUCAAAAGACAAGCACAAGAACUGGAAACCAGUAAUAACAGUGUACUGGCUGAAAGAGCGGAACUGGAACUUUGGAGGAAGGAUCUCCAUAACAAGAAAGACGAGGUUGAAGCUGCCAUGAAUGCCAUCAGUGGAGAGAAAGAACAACUCAGUCAGAUGAAGAGUAGUAUUGACAUGGACAGACACAGGUUGGACACUGAAAAAGACAAAAUGGAAGAAAAAAGGUCCGAACUGAAAAUAAGAGAAGAUCAACUCGUGAAUGAAAUGAAAUCAAUUGAAACUCUGAGAGAAACACUUCAAGAGCUGACUAAAAGGAUGAUUGAAGACAUGAAAAAGAAGAUGGACAGAUUACAACAAAACAAUGAAGAUGUAGUAAUGCUGUGCUCUGUAUUGGAACAAAAGCUUAGAGCUCCAUAUAUACAGAAAGAAAACAUGGCUUGUUACACUGAGCUGAUAGAGAGAGAAAAGGAAAGUCUGAUAAGUAUACUAUCAGACAUGGACAUCCAGAGAAAAGACAUGGAAAACCAAAGGAAGCAGAAGUUUGAUUUGGACAAACAAGAUGUUAACACACUGAAGGCAGAGCUGAAGCAAGAUAGAGAUGAUCUGGAUAGAGAGAUUGAGAUGAUGAUUACAGAGAAACGGGACUUGGAGUUGAUGAGGUCUGACAUCCUGAAACAAAGAGACAUAUUAGAACAAGAGAUACAAGAUAUGAAACGGGAAAGCUUCAAACUGGAAAUCACAAAGACUGAGUUACAAAAGAAGAAAGAACUUGCAGUUAGUCAGCUUGAUGAGAUAAACAGAGAGAAAGGAAACAUUAAAGAUGUGACCCCUCAACUUCAGACAGAAAGAGACAAACUUCAGAACGACAGGAACAUGAUUACCUUCAAACAAAAAGAACAAGAACUCAAAGAAGAUGAGUUCAAAAGACAAGCACAAGAACUGGAAACCAGUAAUAACAGUGUACUGGCUGAAAGAGCGGAACUGGAACUUUGGAGGAAGGAUCUCCAUAACAAGAAAGACGAGGUUGAAGCUGCCAUGAAUGCCAUCAGUGGAGAGAAAGAACAACUCAGUCAGAUGAAGAGUAGUAUUGACAUGGACAGACACAGGUUGGACACUGAAAAAGACAAAAUGGAAGAAAAAAGGUCCGAACUGAAAAUAAGAGAAGAUCAACUCGUGAAUGAAAUGAAAUCAAUUGAAACUCUGAGAGAAACACUUCAAGAGCUGACUAAAAGGAUGAUUGAAGACAUGAAAAAGAAGAUGGACAGAUUACAACAAAACAAUGAAGAUGUAGUAAUGCUGUGCUCUGUAUUGGAACAAAAGCUUAGAGCUCCAUAUAUACAGAAAGAAAACAUGGCUUGUUACACUGAGCUGAUAGAGAGAGAAAAGGAAAGUCUGAUAAGUAUACUAUCAGACAUGGACAUCCAGAGAAAAGACAUGGAAAAUCAAUGGAAGCAGAAGUUUGAUUUGGACAAACAAGAUGUUAACACACUGAAGGCAGAGCUGAAGCAAGAUAGAGAUGAUCUGGAUAGAGAGAUUGAGACGAUGAUUACAGAGAAACGGGACUUGGAGUUGAUGAGGUCUGACAUCCUGAAACAAAGAGACGUAUUAGAACAAGAGAUACAAGAUAUGAAACGGGAAAGCUUCAAACUGGAAAUCACAAAGACUGAGUUACAAAAGAAGAAAGAACUUGCAGAUAGUCAGCUUGAUGAGAUAAACAGAGAGAAAGGAAACAUUAAAGAUGUGACCCUUCAACUUCAGACAGAAAGAGACAAACUUCAGAACGACAGGAACAUGAUUACCUUCAAACAAAAAGAACAAGAACUCAAAGAAGAUGAGUUCAAAAGACAAGCACAAGAACUGGAAACCAGUAAUAACAGUGUACUGGCUGAAAGAGCGGAACUGGAACUUUGGAGGAAGGAUCUCCAUAACAAGAAAGACGAGGUUGAAGCUGCCAUGAAUGCCAUCAGUGGAGAGAAAGAACAACUCAGUCAGAUGAAGAGUAGUAUUGACAUGGACAGACACAGGUUGGACACUGAAAAAGACAAAAUGGAAGAAAAAAGGUCCGAACUGAAAAUAAGAGAAGAUCAACUCGUGAAUGAAAUGAAAUCAAUUGAAACUCUGAGAGAAACACUUCAAGAGCUGACUAAAAGGAUGAUUGAAGACAUGAAAAAGAAGAUGGACAGAUUACAACAAAACAAUGAAGAUGUAGUAAUGCUGUGCUCUGUAUUGGAACAAAAGCUUAGAGCUCCAUAUAUACAGAAAGAAAACGUGGCUUGUUACACUGAGCUGAUAGAGAGAGAAAAGGAAUGUCUGAUAAGUAUACUAUCAGACAUGGACAUCCAGAGAAAAGACAUGGAAAAUCAAUGGAAUCAGAAGUUUGAUUUGGACAAACAAGAUGUUAACACACUGAAGGCAGAGCUGAAGCAAGAUAGAGAUGAUCUGGAUGGAGAGAUUUUGAUGAUGAUUACAGAGAAACGGGACUUGGAGUUGAUGAGGUCUGACAUCCUGAAACAAAGAGACAUAUUAGAACAAGAGAUGCAAGAUAUGAAACGGGAAAGCUUCAAACUGGAAAUCACAAAGACUGAGUUACAAAAGAAGAAAGAACUUGCAGAUAGUCAGCUUGAUGAGAUAAACAGAGAGAAAGGAAACAUUAAAGAUGUGACCCUUCAACUUCAGACAGAAAGAGACAAACUUCAGAACGACAGGAACAUGAUUACCUUCAAACAAAAAGAACAAGAACUCAAAGAAGAUGAGUUCAAAAGACAAGCACAAGAACUGGAAACCAGUAAUAACAGUGUACUGGCUGAAAUAGCGGAACUGGAACUUUGGAGGAAGGAUCUCCAUAACAAGAAAGACGAGGUUGAAGCUGCCAUGAAUGCCAUCAGUGGAGAGAAAGAACAACUCAGUCAGAUGAAGAGUAGUAUUGACAUGGACAGACACAGGUUGGACACUGAAAAAGACAAAAUGGAAGAAAAAAGGUCCGAACUGAAAAUAAGAGAAGAUCAACUCGUGAAUGAAAUGAAAUCAAUUGAAACUCUGAGAGAAACACUUCAAGAACUGACUAAAAGGAUGAUUGAAGACAUGAAAAAGAAGAUGGACAGAUUACAACAAAACAAUGAAGAUGUAGUAAUGCUGUGCUCUGUAUUGGAACAAAAGCUUAGAGCUCCAUAUAUACAGAAAGAAAACAUGGCUUGUUACACUGAGCUGAUAGAGAGAGAAAAGGAAAGUCUGAUAAGUAUACUAUCAGACAUGGACAUCCAGAGAAAAGACAUGGAAAACCAAAGGAAGCAGAAGUUUGAUUUGGACAAACAAGAUGUUAACACACUGAAGGCAGAGCUGAAGCAAGAUAGAGAUGAUCUGGAUAGAGAGAUUGAGAUGAUGAUUACAGAGAAACGGGACUUGGAGUUGAUGAGGUCUGACAUCCUGAAACAAAGAGACAUAUUAGAACAAGAGAUACAAGAUAUGAAAGGGGCAAGCUUCAAACUGGAAAUCACAAAGACUGAGUUACAAAAGAAGAAAGAACUUGCAGAUAGUCAGCUUGAUGAGAUAAACAGAGAGAAAGGAAACAUUAAAGAUGUGACCCUUCAACUUCAGACAGAAAGAGACAAACUUCAGAACGACAGGAACAUGAUUACCUUCAAACAAAAAGAACAAGAACUCAAAGAAGAUGAGUUCGAAAGACAAGCACAAGAACUGGAAACCAGUAAUAACAGUGUACUGGCUGAAAGAGCGGAACUGGAACUUUGGAGGAAGGAUCUCCAUAACAAGAAAGACGAGGUUGAAGCUGCCAUGAAUGCCAUCAGUGGAGAGAAAGAACAACUCAGUCAGAUGAAGAGUAGUAUUGACAUGGACAGACACAGGUUGGACACUGAAAAAGACAAAAUGGAAGAAAAAAGGUCCGAACUGAAAAUAAGAGAAGAUCAACUCGUGAAUGAAAUGAAAUCAAUUGAAACUCUGAGAGAAACACUUCAAGAGCUGACUAAAAGGAUGAUUGAAGACAUGAAAAAGAAGAUGGACAGAUUACAACAAAACAAUGAAGAUGUAGUAAUGCUGUGCUCUGUAUUGGAACAAAAGCUUAGAGCUCCAUAUAUACAGAAAGAAAACGUGGCUUGUUACACUGAGCUGAUAGAGAGAGAAAAGGAAUGUCUGAUAAGUAUACUAUCAGACAUGGACAUCCAGAGAAAAGACAUGGAAAAUCAAUGGAAUCAGAAGUUUGAUUUGGACAAACAAGAUGUUAACACACUGAAGGCAGAGCUGAAGCAAGAUAGAGAUGAUCUGGAUGGAGAGAUUUUGAUGAUGAUUACAGAGAAACGGGACUUGGAGUUGAUGAGGUCUGACAUCCUGAAACAAAGAGACGUAUUAGAACAAGAGAUGCAAGAUAUGAAACGGGAAAGCUUCAAACUGGAAAUCACAAAGACUGAGUUACAAAAGAAGAAAGAACUUGCAGAUAGUCAGCUUGAUGAGAUAAACAGAGAGAAAGGAAACAUUAAAGAUGUGACCCUUCAACUUCAGACAGAAAGAGACAAACUUCAGAACGACAGGAACAUGAUUACCUUCAAACAAAAAGAACAAGAACUCAAAGAAGAUGAGUUCAAAAGACAAGCACAAGAACUGGAAACCAGUAAUAACAGUGUACUGGCUGAAAGAGCGGAACUGGAACUUUGGAGGAAGGAUCUCCAUAACAAGAAAGACGAGGUUGAAGCUGCCAUGAAUGCCAUCAGUGGAGAGAAAGAACAACUCAGUCAGAUGAAGAGUAGUAUUGACAUGGACAGACACAGGUUGGACACUGAAAAAGACAAAAUGGAAGAAAAAAGGUCCGAACUGAAAAUAAGAGAAGAUCAACUCGUGAAUGAAAUGAAAUCAAUUGAAACUCUGAGAGAAACACUUCAAGAGCUGACUAAAAGGAUGAUUGAAGACAUGAAAAAAAAGAUGGACAGAUUACAACAAAACAAUGAAGAUGUAGUAAUGCUGUGCUCUGUAUUGGAACAAAAGCUUAGAGCUCCAUAUAUACAGAAAGAAAACAUGGCUUGUUACACUGAGCUGAUAGAGAGAGAAAAGGAAAGUCUGAUAAGUAUACUAUCAGACAUGGACAUCCAGAGAAAAGACAUGGAAAACCAAAGGAAGCAGAAGUUUGAUUUGGACAAACAAGAUGUUAACACACUGAAGGCAGAGCUGAAGCAAGAUAGAGAUGAUCUGGAUAGAGAGAUUGAGACGAUGAUUACAGAGAAACGGGACUUGGAGUUGAUGAGGUCUGACAUCCUGAAACAAAGAGACGUAUUAGAACAAGAGAUACAAGAUAUGAAACGGGAAAGCUUCAAACUGGAAAUCACAAAGACUGAGUUACAAAAGAAGAAAGAACUUGCAGAUAGUCAGCUUGAUGAGAUAAACAGAGAGAAAGGAAACAUUAAAGAUGUGACCCUUCAACUUCAGACAGAAAGAGACAAACUUCAGAACGACAGGAACAUGAUUACCUUCAAACAAAAAGAACAAGAACUCAAAGAAGAUGAGUUCAAAAGACAAGCACAAGAACUGGAAACCAGUAAUAACAGUGUACUGGCUGAAAGAGCGGAACUGGAACUUUGGAGGAAGGAUCUCCAUAACAAGAAAGACGAGGUUGAAGCUGCCAUGAAUGCCAUCAGUGGAGAGAAAGAACAACUCAGUCAGAUGAAGAGUAGUAUUGACAUGGACAGACACAGGUUGGACACUGAAAAAGACAAAAUGGAAGAAAAAAGGUCCGAACUGAAAAUAAGAGAAGAUCAACUCGUGAAUGAAAUGAAAUCAAUUGAAACUCUGAGAGAAACACUUCAAGAGCUGACUAAAAGGAUGAUUGAAGACAUGAAAAAGAAGAUGGACAGAUUACAACAAAACAAUGAAGAUGUAGUAAUGCUGUGCUCUGUAUUGGAACAAAAGCUUAGAGCUCCAUAUAUACAGAAAGAAAACAUGGCUUGUUACACUGAGCUGAUAGAGAGAGAAAAGGAAAGUCUGAUAAGUAUACUAUCAGACAUGGAUAUCCAGAGAAAAGACAUGGAAAACCAAAGGAAGCAGAAGUUUGAUUUGGACAAACAAGAUGUUAACACACUGAAGGCAGAGCUGAAGCAAGAUAGAGAUGAUCUGGAUAGAGAGAUUGAGAUGAUGAUUACAGAGAAACGGGACUUGGAGUUGAUGAGGUCUGACAUCCUGAAACAAAGAGACAUAUUAGAACAAGAGAUACAAGAUAUGAAACGGGAAAGCUUCAAACUGGAAAUCACAAAGACUGAGUUACAAAAGAAGAAAGAACUUGCAGAUAGUCAGCUUGAUGAGAUAAACAGAGAGAAAGGAAACAUUAAAGAUGUGACCCUUCAACUUCAGACAGAAAGAGACAAACUUCAGAACGACAGGAACAUGAUUACCUUCAAACAAAAAGAACAAGAACUCAAAGAAGAUGAGUUCGAAAGACAAGCACAAGAACUGGAAACCAGUAAUAACAGUGUACUGGCUGAAAGAGCGGAACUGGAACUUUGGAGGAAGGAUCUCCAUAACAAGAAAGACGAGGUUGAAGCUGCCAUGAAUGCCAUCAGUGGAGAGAAAGAACAACUCAGUCAGAUGAAGAGUAGUAUUGACAUGGACAGACACCGUUUGGACACUGAAAAAGACAAAAUGGAAGAAAAAAGGUCCGAACUGAAAAUAAGAGAAGAUCAACUCGUGAAUGAAAUGAAAUCAAUUGAAACUCUGAGAGAAACACUUCAAGAGCUGACUAAAAGGAUGAUUGAAGACAUGAAAAAGAAGAUGGACAGAUUACAACAAAACAAUGAAGAUGUAGUAAUGCUGUGCUCUGUAUUGGAACAAAAGCUUAGAGCUCCAUAUAUACAGAAAGAAAACAUGGCUUGUUACACUGAGCUGAUAGAGAGAGAAAAGGAAAGUCUGAUAAGUAUACUAUCAGACAUGGACAUCCAGAGAAAAGACAUGGAAAAUCAAUGGAAGCAGAAGUUUGAUUUGGACAAACAAGAUGUUAACACACUGAAGGCAGAGCUGAAGCAAGAUAGAGAUGAUCUGGAUAGAGAGAUUGAGAUGAUGAUUACAGAGAAACGGGACUUGGAGUUGAUGAGGUCUGACAUCCUGAAACAAAGAGACAUAUUAGAACAAGAGAUACAAGAUAUGAAAGGGGCAAGCUUCAAACUGGAAAUCACAAAGACUGAGUUACAAAAGAAGAAAGAACUUGCAGAUAGUCAGCUUGAUGAGAUAAACAGAGAGAAAGGAAACAUUAAAGAUGUGACCCUUCAACUUCAGACAGAAAGAGACAAACUUCAGAACGACAGGAACAUGAUUACCUUCAAACAAAAAGAACAAGAACUCAAAGAAGAUGAGUUCAAAAGACAAGCACAAGAACUGGAAACCAGUAAUAACAGUGUACUGGCUGAAAGAGCAGAACUGGACCUUUGGAGGAAGGAUCUCCAUAACAAGAAAGACGAGGUUGAAGCUGCCAUGAAUGCCAUCAGUGGAGAGAAAGAACAACUCAGUCAGAUGAAGAGUAGUAUUGACAUGGACAGACACAGGUUGGACACUGAAAAAGACAAAAUGGAAGAAAAAAGGUCCGAACUGAAAAUAAGAGAAGAUCAACUUGUGAAUGAAAUGAAAUCAAUUGAAACUCUGAGAGAAACACUUCAAGAGCUGACUAAAAGGAUGAUUGAAGACAUGAAAAAGAAGAUGGACAGAUUACAACAAAACAAUGAAGAUGUAGUAAUGCUGUGCUCUGUAUUGGAACAAAAGCUUAGAGCUCCAUAUAUACAGAAAGAAAACAUGGCUUGUUACACUGAGCUGAUAGAGAGAGAAAAGGAAAGUCUGAUAAGUAUACUAGCAGACAUGGACAUCCAGAGAAAAGACAUGGAAAAUCAAUGGAAGCAGAAGUUUGAUUUGGACAAACAAGAUGUUAACACACUGAAGGCAGAGCUGAAGCAAGAUAGAGAUGAUCUGGAUAGAGAGAUUGAGACGAUGAUUACAGAGAAACGGGACUUGGAGUUGAUAAUGUCUGACAUCCUGAAACAAAGAGACGUAUUAGAACAAGAGAUACAAGAUAUGAAACGGGCAAGCUUCAAACUGGAAAUCACAAAGACUGAGUUACAAAAGAAGAAAGAACUUGCAGAUAGUCAGCUUGAUGAGAUAAACAGAGAGAAAGGAAACAUUAAAGAUGUGACCCUUCAACUUCAGACAGAAAGAGACAAACUUCAGAACGACAGGAACAUGAUUACCUUCAAACAAAAAGAACAAGAACUCAAAGAAGAUGAGUUCAAAAGACAAGCACAAGAACUGGAAACCAGUAAUAACAGUGUACUGGCUGAAAGAGCGGAACUGGAACUUUGGAGGAAGGAUCUCCAUAACAAGAAAGACGAGGUUGAAGCUGCCAUGAAUGCCAUCAGUGGAGAGAAAGAACAACUCAGUCAGAUGAAGAGUAGUAUUGACAUGGACAGACACAGGUUGGACACUGAAAAAGACAAAAUGGAAGAAAAAAGGUCCGAACUGAAAAUAAGAGAAGAUCAACUCGUGAAUGAAAUGAAAUCAAUUGAAACUCUGAGAGAAACACUUCAAGAGCUGACUAAAAGGAUGAUUGAAGACAUGAAAAAGAAGAUGGACAGAUUACAACAAAACAAUGAAGAUGUAGUAAUGCUGUGCUCUGUAUUGGAACAAAAGCUUAGAGCUCCAUAUAUACAGAAAGAAAACAUGGCUUGUUACACUGAGCUGAUAGAGAGAGAAAAGGAAAGUCUGAUAAGUAUACUAUCAGACAUGGACAUCCAGAGAAAAGACAUGGAAAAUCAAUGGAAGCAGAAGUUUGAUUUGGACAAACAAGAUGUUAACACACUGAAGGCAGAGCUGAAGCAAGAUAGAGAUGAUCUGGAUAGUGAGAUUGAGACGAUGAUUACAGAGAAACGGGACUUGGAGUUGAUGAGGUCUGACAUCCUGAAACAAAGAGACGUAUUAGAACAAGAGAUACAAGAUAUGAAACGGGAAAGCUUCAAACUGGAAAUCACAAAGACUGAGUUACAAAAGAAGAAAGAACUUGCAGAUAGUCAGCUUGAUGAGAUAAACAGAGAGAAAGGAAACAUUAAAGAUGUGACCCUUCAACUUCAGACAGAAAGAGACAAACUUCAGAACGACAGGAACAUGAUUACCUUCAAACAAAAAGAACAAGAACUCAAAGAAGAUGAGUUCAAAAGACAAGCACAAGAACUGGAAACCAGUAAUAACAGUGUACUGGCUGAAAGAGCGGAACUGGACCUUUGGAGGAAGGAUCUCCAUAACAAGAAAGACGAGGUUGAAGCUGCCAUGAAUGCCAUCAGUGGAGAGAAAGAACAACUCAGUCAGAUGAAGAGUAGUAUUGACAUGGACAGACACAGGUUGGACACUGAAAAAGACAAAAUGGAAGAAAAAAGGUCCGAACUGAAAAUAAGAGAAGAUCAACUCGUGAAUGAAAUGAAAUCAAUUGAAACUCUGAGAGAAACACUUCAAGAGCUGACUAAAAGGAUGAUUGAAGACAUGAAAAAGAAGAUGGACAGAUUACAACAAAACAAUGAAGAUGUAGUAAUGCUGUGCUCUGUAUUGGAACAAAAGCUUAGAGCUUCAUAUAUACAGAAAGAAAACAUGGCUUGUUACACUGAGCUGAUAGAGAGAGAAAAGGAAAGUCUGAUAAGUAUACUAUCAGACAUGGACAUCCAGAGAAAAGACAUGGAAAACCAAAGGAAGCAGAAGUUUGAUUUGGACAAACAAGAUGUUAACACACUGAAGGCAGAGCUGAAGCAAGAUAGAGAUGAUCUGGAUAGAGAGAUUGAGAUGAUGAUUACAGAGAAACGGGACUUGGAGUUGAUGAGGUCUGACAUCCUGAAACAAAGAGACAUAUUAGAACAAGAGAUACAAGAUAUGAAACGGGAAAGCUUCAAACUGGAAAUCACAAAGACUGAGUUACAAAAGAAGAAAGAACUUGCAGAUAGUCAGCUUGAUGAGAUAAACAGAGAGAAAGGAAACAUUAAAGAUGUGACCCUUCAACUUCAGACAGAAAGAGACAAACUUCAGAACGACAGGAACAUGAUUACCUUCAAACAAAAAGAACAAGAACUCAAAGAAGAUGAGUUCGAAAGACAAGCACAAGAACUGGAAACCAGUAAUAACAGUGUACUGGCUGAAAGAGCGGAACUGGAACUUUGGAGGAAGGAUCUCCAUAACAAGAAAGACGAGGUUGAAGCUGCCAUGAAUGCCAUCAGUGGAGAGAAAGAACAACUCAGUCAGAUGAAGAGUAGUAUUGACAUGGACAGACACAGGUUGGACACUGAAAAAGACAAAAUGGAAGAAAAAAGGUCCGAACUGAAAAUAAGAGAAGAUCAACUCGUGAAUGAAAUGAAAUCAAUUGAAACUCUGAGAGAAACACUUCAAGAGCUGACUAAAAGGAUGAUUGAAGACAUGAAAAAGAAGAUGGACAGAUUACAACUAAACAAUGAAGAUGUAGUAAUGCUGUGCUCUGUAUUGGAUCAAAAGCUUAGAGCUCCAUAUAUACAGAAAGAAAACAUGGCUUGUUACACUGAGCUGAUAGAGAGAGAAAAGGAAAGUCUGAUAAGUAUACUAUCAGACAUGGACAUCCAGAGAAAAGACAUGGAAAAUCAAUGGAAGCAGAAGUUUGAUUUGGACAAACAAGAUGUUAACACACUGAAGGCAGAGCUGAAGCAAGAUAGAGAUGAUCUGGAUAGAGAGAUUGAGACGAUGAUUACAGAGAAACGGGACUUGGAGUUGAUAAUGUCUGACAUCCUGAAACAAAGAGACGUAUUAGAACAAGAGAUACAAGAUAUGAAACGGGAAAGCUUCAAACUGGAAAUCACAAAGACUGAGUUACAAAAGAAGAAAGAACUUGCAGAUAGUCAGCUUGAUGAGAUAAACAGAGAGAAAGGAAACAUUAAAGAUGUGACCCUUCAACUUCAGACAGAAAGAGACAAACUUCAGAACGACAGGAACAUGAUUACCUUCAAACAAAAAGAACAAGAACUCAAAGAAGAUGAGUUCAAAAGACAAGCACAAGAACUGGAAACCAGUAAUAACAGUGUACUGGCUGAAAGAGCAGAACUGGACCUUUGGAGGAAGGAUCUCCAUAACAAGAAAGACGAGGUUGAAGCUGCCAUGAAUGCCAUCAGUGGAGAGAAAGAACAACUCAGUCAGAUGAAGAGUAGUAUUGACAUGGACAGACACAGGUUGGACACUGAAAAAGACAAAAUGGAAGAAAAAAGGUCCGAACUGAAAAUACGAGAAGAUCAACUUGUGAAUGAAAUGAAAUCAAUUGAAACUCUGAGAGAAACACUUCAAGAGCUGACUAAAAGGAUGAUUGAAGACAUGAAAAAGAAGAUGGACAGAUUACAACAAAACAAUGAAGAUGUAGUAAUGCUGUGCUCUGUAUUGGAACAAAAGCUUAGAGCUCCAUAUAUACAGAAAGAAAACAUGGCUUGUUACACUGAGCUGAUAGAGAGAGAAAAGGAAAGUCUGAUAAGUAUACUAUCAGACAUGGACAUCCAGAGAAAAGACAUGGAAAAUCAAUGGAAGCAGAAGUUUGAUUUGGACAAACAAGAUGUUAACACACUGAAGGCAGAGCUGAAGCAAGAUAGAGAUGAUCUGGAUAGAGAGAUUGAGACGAUGAUUACAGAGAAACGGGACUUGGAGUUGAUAAUGUCUGACAUCCUGAAACAAAGAGACGUAUUAGAACAAGAGAUACAAGAUAUGAAACGGGAAAGCUUCAAACUGGAAAUCACAAAGACUGAGUUACAAAAGAAGAAAGAACUUGCAGAUAGUCAGCUUGAUGAGAUAAACAGAGAGAAAGGAAACAUUAAAGAUGUGACCCUUCAACUUCAGACAGAAAGAGACAAACUUCAGAACGACAGGAACAUGAUUACCUUCAAACAAAAAGAACAAGAACUCAAAGAAGAUGAGUUCAAAAGACAAGCACAAGAACUGGAAACCAGUAAUAACAGUGUACUGGCUGAAAGAGCGGAACUGGAACUUUGGAGGAAGGAUCUCCAUAACAAGAAAGACGAGGUUGAAGCUGCCAUGAAUGCCAUCAGUGGAGAGAAAGAACAACUCAGUCAGAUGAAGAGUAGUAUUGACAUGGACAGACACAGGUUGGACACUGAAAAAGACAAAAUGGAAGAAAAAAGGUCCGAACUGAAAAUAAGAGAAGAUCAACUCGUGAAUGAAAUGAAAUCAAUUGAAACUCUGAGAGAAACACUUCAAGAGCUGACUAAAAGGAUGAUUGAAGACAUGAAAAAGAAGAUGGACAGAUUACAACAAAACAAUGAAGAUGUAGUAAUGCUGUGCUCUGUAUUGGAACAAAAGCUUGGAGCUCCAUAUAUACAGAUAGAAAACAUGGCUUGUUACACUGAGCUGAUAGAGAGAGAAAAGGAAAGUCUGAUAAGUAUACUAUCAGACAUGGACAUCCAGAGAAAAGACAUGGAAAAUCAAUGGAAGCAGAAGUUUGAUUUGGACAAACAAGAUGUUAACACACUGAAGGCAGAGCUGAAGCAAGAUAGAGAUGAUCUGGAUAGUGAGAUUGAGACGAUGAUUACAGAGAAACGGGACUUGGAGUUGAUGAGGUCUGACAUCCUGAAACAAAGAGACGUAUUAGAACAAGAGAUACAAGAUAUGAAACGGGAAAGCUUCAAACUGGAAAUCACAAAGACUGAGUUACAAAAGAAGAAAGAACUUGCAGAUAGUCAGCUUGAUGAGAUAAACAGAGAGAAAGGAAACAUUAAAGAUGUGACCCUUCAACUUCAGACAGAAAGAGACAAACUUCAGAACGACAGGAACAUGAUUACCUUCAAACAAAAAGAACAAGAACUCAAAGAAGAUGAGUUCAAAAGACAAGCACAAGAACUGGAAACCAGUAAUAACAGUGUACUGGCUGAAAGAGCAGAACUGGACCUUUGGAGGAAGGAUCUCCAUAACAAGAAAGACGAGGUUGAAGCUGCCAUGAAUGCCAUCAGUGGAGAGAAAGAACAACUCAGUCAGAUGAAGAGUAGUAUUGACAUGGACAGACACAGGUUGGACACUGAAAAAGACAAAAUGGAAGAAAAAAGGUCCGAACUGAAAAUAAGAGAAGAUCAACUCGUGAAUGAAAUGAAAUCAAUUGAAACUCUGAGAGAAACACUUCAAGAGCUGACUAAAAGGAUGAUUGAAGACAUGAAAAAGAAGAUGGACAGAUUACAACAAAACAAUGAAGAUGUAGUAAUGCUGUGCUCUGUAUUGGAUCAAAAGCUUAGAGCUCCAUAUAUACAGAAAGAAAACAUGGCUUGUUACACUGAGCUGAUAGAGAGAGAAAAGGAAAGUCUGAUAAGUAUACUAUCAGACAUGGACAUCCAGAGAAAAGACAUGGAAAAUCAAUGGAAGCAGAAGUUUGAUUUGGACAAACAAGAUGUUAACACACUGAAGGCAGAGCUGAAGCAAGAUAGAGAUGAUCUGGAUAGAGAGAUUGAGAUGAUGAUUACAGAGAAACGGGACUUGGAGUUGAUGAGGUCUGACAUCCUGAAACAAAGAGACAUAUUAGAACAAGAGAUACAAGAUAUGAAAGGGGCAAGCUUCAAACUGGAAAUCACAAAGACUGAGUUACAAAAGAAGAAAGAACUUGCAGAUAGUCAGCUUGAUGAGAUAAACAGAGAGAAAGGAAACAUUAAAGAUGUGACCCUUCAACUUCAGACAGAAAGAGACAAACUUCAGAACGACAGGAACAUGAUUACCUUCAAACAAAAAGAACAAGAACUCAAAGAAGAUGAGUUCAAAAGACAAGCACAAGAACUGGAAACCAGUAAUAACAGUGUACUGGCUGAAAGAGCAGAACUGGACCUUUGGAGGAAGGAUCUCCAUAACAAGAAAGACGAGGUUGAAGCUGCCAUGAAUGCCAUCAGUGGAGAGAAAGAACAACUCAGUCAGAUGAAGAGUAGUAUUGACAUGGACAGACACAGGUUGGACACUGAAAAAGACAAAAUGGAAGAAAAAAGGUCCGAACUGAAAAUAAGAGAAGAUCAACUUGUGAAUGAAAUGAAAUCAAUUGAAACUCUGAGAGAAACACUUCAAGAGCUGACUAAAAGGAUGAUUGAAGACAUGAAAAAGAAGAUGGACAGAUUACAACAAAACAAUGAAGAUGUAGUAAUGCUGUGCUCUGUAUUGGAACAAAAGCUUAGAGCUCCAUAUAUACAGAAAGAAAACAUGGCUUGUUACACUGAGCUGAUAGAGAGAGAAAAGGAAAGUCUGAUAAGUAUACUAUCAGACAUGGACAUCCAGAGAAAAGACAUGGAAAAUCAAUGGAAGCAGAAGUUUGAUUUGGACAAACAAGAUGUUAACACACUGAAGGCAGAGCUGAAGCAAGAUAGAGAUGAUCUGGAUAGAGAGAUUGAGACGAUGAUUACAGAGAAACGGGACUUGGAGUUGAUAAUGUCUGACAUCCUGAAACAAAGAGACGUAUUAGAACAAGAGAUACAAGAUAUGAAACGGGAAAGCUUCAAACUGGAAAUCACAAAGACUGAGUUACAAAAGAAGAAAGAACUUGCAGAUAGUCAGCUUGAUGAGAUAAACAGAGAGAAAGGAAACAUUAAAGAUGUGACCCUUCAACUUCAGACAGAAAGAGACAAACUUCAGAACGACAGGAACAUGAUUACCUUCAAACAAAAAGAACAAGAACUCAAAGAAGAUGAGUUCAAAAGACAAGCACAAGAACUGGAAACCAGUAAUAACAGUGUACUGGCUGAAAGAGCGGAACUGGAACUUUGGAGGAAGGAUCUCCAUAACAAGAAAGACGAGGUUGAAGCUGCCAUGAAUGCCAUCAGUGGAGAGAAAGAACAACUCAGUCAGAUGAAGAGUAGUAUUGACAUGGACAGACACAGGUUGGACACUGAAAAAGACAAAAUGGAAGAAAAAAGGUCCGAACUGAAAAUAAGAGAAGAUCAACUCGUGAAUGAAAUGAAAUCAAUUGAAACUCUGAGAGAAACACUUCAAGAGCUGACUAAAAGGAUGAUUGAAGACAUGAAAAAGAAGAUGGACAGAUUACAACAAAACAAUGAAGAUGUAGUAAUGCUGUGCUCUGUAUUGGAACAAAAGCUUGGAGCUCCAUAUAUACAGAUAGAAAACAUGGCUUGUUACACUGAGCUGAUAGAGAGAGAAAAGGAAAGUCUGAUAAGUAUACUAUCAGACAUGGACAUCCAGAGAAAAGACAUGGAAAAUCAAUGGAAGCAGAAGUUUGAUUUGGACAAACAAGAUGUUAACACACUGAAGGCAGAGCUGAAGCAAGAUAGAGAUGAUCUGGAUAGUGAGAUUGAGACGAUGAUUACAGAGAAACGGGACUUGGAGUUGAUGAGGUCUGACAUCCUGAAACAAAGAGACGUAUUAGAACAAGAGAUACAAGAUAUGAAACGGGAAAGCUUCAAACUGGAAAUCACAAAGACUGAGUUACAAAAGAAGAAAGAACUUGCAGAUAGUCAGCUUGAUGAGAUAAACAGAGAGAAAGGAAACAUUAAAGAUGUGACCCUUCAACUUCAGACAGAAAGAGACAAACUUCAGAACGACAGGAACAUGAUUACCUUCAAACAAAAAGAACAAGAACUCAAAGAAGAUGAGUUCAAAAGACAAGCACAAGAACUGGAAACCAGUAAUAACAGUGUACUGGCUGAAAGAGCAGAACUGGACCUUUGGAGGAAGGAUCUCCAUAACAAGAAAGACGAGGUUGAAGCUGCCAUGAAUGCCAUCAGUGGAGAGAAAGAACAACUCAGUCAGAUGAAGAGUAGUAUUGACAUGGACAGACACAGGUUGGACACUGAAAAAGACAAAAUGGAAGAAAAAAGGUCCGAACUGAAAAUAAGAGAAGAUCAACUCGUGAAUGAAAUGAAAUCAAUUGAAACUCUGAGAGAAACACUUCAAGAGCUGACUAAAAGGAUGAUUGAAGACAUGAAAAAGAAGAUGGACAGAUUACAACAAAACAAUGAAGAUGUAGUAAUGCUGUGCUCUGUAUUGGAUCAAAAGCUUAGAGCUCCAUAUAUACAGAAAGAAAACAUGGCUUGUUACACUGAGCUGAUAGAGAGAGAAAAGGAAAGUCUGAUAAGUAUACUAUCAGACAUGGACAUCCAGAGAAAAGACAUGGAAAAUCAAUGGAAGCAGAAGUUUGAUUUGGACAAACAAGAUGUUAACACACUGAAGGCAGAGCUGAAGCAAGAUAGAGAUGAUCUGGAUAGAGAGAUUGAGAUGAUGAUUACAGAGAAACGGGACUCUGAGUUGAUGAGGUCUGACAUCCUGAAACAAAGAGACAUAUUAGAACAAGAGAUACAAGAUAUGAAAGGGGAAAGCUUCAAACUGGAAAUCACAAAGACUGAGUUACAAAAGAAGAAAGAACUUGCAGAUAGUCAGCUUGAUGAGAUAAACAGAGAGAAAGGAAACAUUAAAGAUGUGACCCUUCAACUUCAGACAGAAAGAGACAAACUUCAGAACGACAGGGACAUGAUUACCUUCAAACAAAAAGAACAAGAACUCAAAGAAGAUGAGUUCAAAAGACAAGCACAAGAACUGGAAACCAGUAAUAACAGUGUACUGGCUGAAAGAGCGGAACUGGAACUUUGGAGGAAGGAUUUCCAUAACAAGAAAGACGAGGUUGAAGCUGCCAUGAAUGCCAUCAGUGGAGAGAAAGAACAACUCAGUCAGAUGAAGAGUAGUAUUGACAUGGACAGACACAGGUUGGACACUGAAAAAGACAAAAUGGAAGAAAAAAGGUCCGAACUGAAAAUAAGAGAAGAUCAACUCGUGAAUGAAUUGAAAUCAAUUGAAACUCUGAGAGAAACACUUCAAGAACUGACUAAAAGGAUGAUUGAAGACAUGAAAAAGAAGAUGGACAGAUUACAACAAAACAAUGAAGAUGUAGUAAUGCUGUGCUCUGUAUUGGAACAAAAGCUUAGAGCUCCAUAUAUACAGAAAGAAAACAUGGCUUGUUACACUGAGCUGAUAGAGAGAGAAAAGGAAAGUCUGAUAAGUAUACUAUCAGACAUGGACAUCCAGAGAAAAGACAUGGAAAAUCAAUGGAAGCAGAAGUUUGAUUUGGACAAACAAGAUGUUAACACACUGAAGGCAGAGCUGAAGCAAGAUAGAGAUGAUCUGGAUAGAGAGCUUGAGAUGAUGUAUACAGAGAAACGGGACUUGGAGAUGAUGAGGUCUGACAUCCUGAAACAAAGAGACAUAUUAGAACAAGAGAUACAAGAUAUGAAAGGGGAAAGCUUCAAACUGGAAAUCACAAAGACUGAGUUACAAAAGAAGAAAGAACUUGCAGAUAGUCAGCUUGAUGAGAUAAACAGAGAGAAAGGAAACAUUAAAGAUGUGACCCUUCAACUUCAGACAGAAAGAGACAAACUUCAGAACGACAGGAACAUGACUACCUUCAAACAAAAAGAACAAGAACUCAAAGAAGAUGAGUUCAAAAGACAAGCACAAGAACUGGAAACCAGUAAUAACAGUGUACUGGCUGAAAGAGCGGAACUGGAACUUUGGAGGAAGGAUCUCCAUAACAAGAAAGACGAGGUUGAAGCUGCCAUGAAUGCCAUCAGUGGAGAGAAAGAACAACUCAGUCAGAUGAAGAGUAGUAUUGACAUGGACAGACUUAGGUUGGACACUGAAAAAGACAAAAUGGAAGGAAAAAGGCCUGAACUUCAACCUGAGCUCUCCAGGUUCAUGCACUCCAUGCGAGAUCUAAAACUCAAAAUAAAUCAGCUUAAUCAAAGGAGACAUGACUUCACCAAGAAUAUGGAUAGAUCAGGCCAGAAAAAUUGCGAUAUUCUUCAUUUAGACCGUAUACAGAAACAGAAGAAACAAAUGGUGACAGUGAAGUUUGACAAGGAAGUACAAACUGAGAUUGUAAAAGAAUGUCUUCAGGAGAAAGAUGUUGAGAUACAGUUUUUGAAUACACUUCUAGAAUUCAUCUGUGAAAAGGCUGUUCUUAAGUUUGUUGUUGCAAUCCAGACUGAAAAAGUGGAACAUCAGUGGAAGUUAGAGGAAAAUACACAUCAUUUUGGAAUUAAAGGUAAAAACUUGAAAACCAAGAGAGAAGGUCUGCUGAUGGUAACCGAGUCUGAAGAAAAAAAUGAACAGAAACCCAAAUGUGCAACAACGUUGGAGUCAGUUUCAGAUCAAGAUGAUUUUAAAGACUUCAAAAUCUCAAAUAGAGAUUGUUUGCGAAAGAUGUGGAAGGACACACAAAUUGAACGGAAAGAGAUUGAUCAGAUGAAGCGCAUGAGUCAUGAGUUGAGAAACCACCUCGAGAAAAGAUUAAAGGUGAUCACUCACCUUGUUAAGAUUGUCACAGAAUGAAAAGGAACCAUUGGAGAAGAAACUGAAAAAGGACUAAGUAAGGGAAAAAAAAUACACAGAGCUCCAACAAUUUGAGGAUCAGUGAGAUUGAGAAACUCUGUGUCAAGGACACUGACAACUAUUGCCAACGCUAAUCAAACUUUCCAGGUUGAUAUAAUCAAAGGGAAUGCAACAGUGUUGGUAACUGAACAUGCUUUGAAGAAACUGAGGCAGCUCCAGAGACAUCCAGUGGACUUCUUUGUCAGCUCCAGCAUUACUGCUAUCAAUGCUGCUGCCACUGCUGUGCAUGCUGCAUGCCAGUCUUCCAAGACAAAUGAGAGACAGGUCACUGUCAUGAUCAAUUGGAAUGUUCCUGAAAUACAUUUGAAACACAUUAUUUCAAUUUCUUUUAAAUAGUAAAAUGUGUAUCACAGGGCUGCACGGUGGCUAGCACUGUCGCCUCACAGCAAGAGGGCCCCUGGUUCGGAAUGUGAGUAUGACUGGUUGUCUGUCUCUAUAUGUGCCCUGAGGUGGACUGGCGACUGGUCCAGGGUCUAACCCGCCUUUGCCCAAUGUCAGCUGGGAUUGGCUCCAGCGCCUGUGACCCUAAAA